AUGCUGUUGCAGUGGAGUCUCAUCAGAAAAUCAGAAACAGCUGCGCAGAAGCGGCUGCGCAGGAACAGCUGCGCAGAAGCGGCUGCGCAGAAGCGGCUGCGCAGAAGCGGCUGCGCAGAAGCGGCUGCGCAGAAGCGGCUGCGCAGAAGCGGCUGCGCAGAAGCGGCUGCGCAGAAGCGGCUGCGCAGAAGCGGCUGCGCAGAAGCGGCUGCGCAGAAGCGGCUGCGCAGAAGCGGCUGCGCAGAAGCGGCUGCGCAGAAGCGGCUGCGCAGAAACGGCUGCGCAGAAACGGCUGCGCAGAAGCGGCUGCGCAGAAGCGGCUGCGCAGAAGCGGCUGCGCAGAAGCGGCUGCGCACAAGCGGCUGCGCAGAAGCGGCUGCGCAGAAGCGGCUGCGCAGAAGCGGCUGCGCAGAAGCGGCUGCGCAGAAGCGGCUGCGCAGAAGCGGCUGCGCAGAAGCGGCUGCGCAGAAGCGGCUGCGCAGAAGCGGCUGCGCAGAAACGGCUGCGCAGAAACGGCUGCGCAGGAACAGCUGCGCAGGAACAGCUGCGCAGGAACAGCUGCGCAGGAACAGCUGCGCAGGAACAGCUGCGCAGGAACAGCUGCGCAGGAACAGCUGCGCAGGAACAGUUGCGCAGGAACAGCUGCGCAGGAACAGCUGCGCAGGAACAGCUGCGCAGGAACAGCUGCGCAGGAACAGCUGCGCAGGAACAGCUGCGCAGGUACAGCUGCGCAGGAACAGCUGCGCAGAAACAGCUGCGCAGGAACAGCUGCGCAGGAACAGCUGCGCAGGAACAGCUGCGCAGGUACAGCUGCGCAGGAGCAGCUGCGCAGGAACAGCUGCGCAGGAACAGCUGCGCAGGAACAGCUGCGCAGGAACAGCUGCGCAGAAACAGCUGCGCAGGAACAGCUGCGCAGAAACAGCUGCGCAGGAACAGCUGCGCAGGAACAGCUGCGCAGAAACAGCUGCGCAGAAACAGCUGCGCAGGAACAGCUGCGCAGGAACAGCUGCGCAGGAACAGCUGCGCAGAAACUGCUGCGCAGAAACUGCUGCGCAGAAACUGCUGCGCAGAAACAGCUGCGCAGGAACAGCUGCGCAGGAACAGCUGCGCAGGAACAGCUGCGCAGGAACAGCUGCGCAGGAACAGCUGCGCAGGAACAGCUGCGCAGAAACAGCUGCGCAGGAACAGCUGCGCAGAAACAGCUGCGCAGGAACAGCUGCGCAGAAACAACUGCGCAGAAACAACUGCGCAGAAACAGCUGCGCAGGAACAGCUGCGCAGAAACAGCUGCGCAGAAACAGCUGCGCAGAAACAGCUUCGCAGAAACAGCUGCGCAGAAACAGCUGCGCAGAAACAGCUGCGCAGAAACAGCUGCGCAGGAACAGCUGCGCAGAAACAGCUGCGCAGAAACAGCUGCGCAGAAACAGCUGCGCAGAAACAGCUGCGCAGAAACAGCUGCGCAGGAACAGCUGCGCAGAAACAGCUGCGCAGAAACAGCUGCGCAGAAACAGCUGCGCAGAAACAGCUGCGCAGAAACAGCUGCGCAGAAACAGCUGCGCAGAAACAGCUGCGCAGGAGCAGCUGCGCAGGAACAGCUGCGCAGGAACAGCUGCGCAGGAACAGCUGCGCAGGAACAGCUGCACAGGAACAGGUGCGCAGGAACAGGUGCGCAGGAACAGGUGCGGAGGAACAGGUGCGCAGGAACAGCUGCGCAGGAACAGGUGCGCAGGAGCAGGUGCGCAGGAACAGCUGCGCAGGAACAGCUGCGCAGGAACAGCUGCGCAGGAACAGCUGCGCAGGAACAGCUGCGCAGGAACAGCUGCGCAGGAACAGCUGCGCAGGAACAGGUGCGCAGGAACAGCUGCGCAGGAACAGCUGCGCAGAAACAGCUGCGCAGAAACAGCUGCGCAGAAACAGCUGCGCAGAAACAGCUGCGCAGAAACAGCUGCGCAGAAACAGCUGCGCAGAAACAGCUCCGCAGAAACAGCUGCGCAGAGACAGCUGCGCAGAGACAGCUGCGCAGAUACAGCUGCGCAGAAACAGCUGCGCAGAAACAGCUGCGCAGAAACAGCUGCGCAGAAACAGUUGCGCAGAAACAGCUGCGCAGAAACAGCUGCGCAGAAACAGCUGCGCAGAAACAGCUGCGCAGAAACAGAUGCGAAGAAACAGCUGCGCAGAAACAGCUGCGCAGAAACAGCUGCGCAGAAACAGCGGCGCAGAAACAGCGGCGCAGAAACAGCUGCGCAGGAACAGCUGCGCAGAAACAGCUGUGCAGAAACAGCUGCGCAGGAACAGCUGCGCAGGAACAGCUGCGCAGAAACAGCUGCGCAGAAACAGCUGCGCAGAAACAGCUGCGCAGGAACAGCUGCGCAGGAACAGCUGCGCAGAAACAGCUGCGCAGAAACAGCUGCGCAGAAACAGCUGCGCAGAAACAGCUGCGCAGGAACAGCUACGCAGAAACAGCUGCGCAGAAACAGCUGCGCAGAAACAGCUGCGCAGAAACAGCUGUGCAGAAACAGCUGCGCAGAAACAGCUGCGCAGAGACAGCUGCGCAGAAACAGCUGCGCAGAGACAGCUGCGCAGAAACAGCUGCGCAGAAACAGCUGCGCAGAAACAGCUGCGCAGAAACAGCUGCGCAGAAACAGCUGCGCAGAAACAGCUGCGCAGAAACAGCUGCGCAGAAACAGCUGCGCAGAAACAGCUGCGCAGAAACAGCGGCGCAGAAACAGCGGCGCAGAAACAGCGUGAAGUCUCAUCAGAAAAUCAGAAACAGCUGCUCGGAGACGGCUGCGCAGAAGCGGCUGCGCGGAAGCGGCUGCGCGGAAACGGCUGCGCGGAAACGGCUGCGCGGAAACGGCUGCGCGAGAACAGCUGCGCGAGAACAGGUGCGCGGGAACAGCUGCGCGGGAACAGCUGCGCAGGAACAGCUGCGCAGGAACAGCUGCGCAGGAACAGGUGCGCAGGAACAGGUGCGCAGGAACAGGUGCGCAAAAACAGGUGCGCAAAAACAGGUGCGCAGGAACAGCUGCGCAGGAACAGCUGCGCAGGAACAGCUGCGCAGGAACAGCUGCGCAGGAACAGCUGCGCAGGAACAGCUGCGCAGAAACAGCUGCGCAGGAACAGCUGCGCAGAAACAGCUGCGCAGAAACAGCUUCGCAGAAACAGCUGCGCAGAAACAGCAGCGCAGGAACGGCUGCGCAGAAACGGCUGCGCAGAAACGGCUGCGCAGAAACGGCUGCGCAGAAACGGCUGCGCAGAAACGGCUGCGCAGAAACGGCUGCGCAGAAACGGCUGCGCAGAAACGGCUGCGCAGAAACGGCUGCGCAGAAACGGCUGCGCAGAAACGGCUGCGCAGAAACGGCUGCGCAGAAACAGCUGCGCAGAAGCAGCUGCGCAGAAGCAGCUGCGCAGAAGCAGCUGCGCAGAAGCAGCUGCGCAGAAGCAGCUGCGCAGAAGCAGCUGCGCAGAAACAGCUGCGCAGAAACAGCUGCGCAGGAACAGCUGCGCAGGAACAGCUGCGCAGGAACAGCUGCGCAGGAACAGCUGCGCAGGAACAGCUGCGCAGGAACAGCUGAACAGGAACAGCUGCGCAGGAACAGCUGCGCAGGAACAGCUGCGCAGAAACAGCUGCGCAGGAACAGCUGCGCAGGAACAGCUGCGCAGGAACAGCUGCGCAGGAACAGCUGCGCAGGAACAGCUGCGCAGAAACAGCUUCGCAGAAACAGCUGCGCAGAAACAGCUGCGCAGGAACAGCUGCGCAGGAACAGCUGCGCAGGAACAGCUGCGCAGGAACAGCUGCGCAGGAACAGCUGCGCAGGUACAGCUGCGCAGGAACAGCUGCGCAGGAACAGCUGCGCAGGAACAGCUGCGCAGGUACAGCUGCGCAGGUACAGCUGCGCAGGAACAGUUGCGCAGGAGCAGCUGCGCAGGAGCAGCUGCGCAGGAACAGCUGCGCAGGAACAGCUGCGCAGGAACAGCUGCGCAGAAACAGCUGCGCAGAAACAGCUGCGCAGGAACAGCUGCGCAGGAACAGCUGUGCAGGAACAGCUGCGCAGGAACAGCUGCGCAGGAACAGCUGCGCAGAAACAGCUGCGCAGAAACAGCUGCGCAGGAACAGCUGCGCAGGAACAGCUGCGCAGGAACAGCUGCGCAGGAACAGCUGCGCAGAAACUGCUGCGCAGAAACUGCUGCGCAGAAACAGCUGCGCAAUAACAGCUGCGCAGGAACAGCUGCGCAGGAACAGCUGCGCAGGAACAGCUGCGCAGGAACAGCUGCGCAGGAACAGCUGCGCAGGAACAGCUGCGCAGGAACAGCUGCGCAGGAACAGCUGCGCAGAAACAGCUGCGCAGGAACAGCUGCGCAGAAACAGCUGCGCAGGAACAGCUGCACAGAAACAACUGCACAGAAACAACUGCGCAGAAACAGCUGCGCAGGAACAGCUGCGCAGAAACAGCUGCGCAGAAACAGCUGCGCAGAAACAGCUUCGCAGAAACAGCUGCGCAGAAACAGCUGCGCAGAAACAGCUGCGCAGGAACAGCUGCGCAGGAACAGCUGCGCAGAAACAGCUGCACAGAAACAGCUGCGCAGGAACAGCUGCGCAGAAACAGCUGCGCAGAAACAGCUGCGCAGGAACAGCUGCGCAGAAACAGCUGCGCAGAAACAGCUGCGCAGAAACAGCUGCGCAGAAACAGCUGCGCAGAAACAGCUGCGCAGAAACAGCUGCGCAGGAACAGCUGCGCAGGAACAGCUGCGCAGAAACAGCUGCGCAGGAGCAGCUGCGCAGGAACAGCUGCGCAGGAACAGCUGCGCAGGAACAGCUGCGCAGGAACAGCUGCGCAGGAACAGCUGCGCAGGAACAGGUGCGCAGGAACAGGUGCGCAGGAACAGGUGCGGAGGAACAGGUGCGCAGGAACAGCUGCGCAGGAACAGGUGCGCAGGAGCAGGUGCGCAGGAACAGCUGCGCAGGAACAGCUGCGCAGGAACAGCUGCGCAGGAACAGGUGCGCAGGAACAGGUGCGCAGGAACAGGUGCGCAGGAACAGCUGCGCAGAAACAGCUGCGCAGAAACAGCUGCGCAGAAACAGCUGCGCAGAAACAGCUGCGCAGAAACAGCUGCGCAGAAACAGCUGCGCAGAAACAGCUGCGCAGAAACAGCUCCGCAGAGACAGCUGCGCAGAGACAGCUGCGCAGAGACAGCUGCGCAGAGACAUCUGCGCAGUUACAGCUGCGCAGAAACAGCUGCGCAGAAACAGCUGCGCAGAAACAGCUGCGCAGAAACAGCUGCGCAGAAACAGCUGCGCAGAAACAGCUGCGUAGAAACAGCUGCGCAGAAACAGCUGCGCAGAAACAGCUGCGCAGAAACAGAUGCGAAGAAACAGCUGCGCAGAAACAGCUGCGCAGAAACAGCGGUGCAGAAACAGCGGCGCAGAAACAGCUGCGCAGGAACAGCUGCGCAGGAACAGCUGCGCAGGAACAGCUGCGCAGGAACAGCUGCGCAGGAACAGCUGCGCAGGAACAGCUGCGCAGAAACAGCUGCGCAGAAACAGCUGCGCAGGAACAGCUGCGCAGGAACAGCUGCGCAGAAACAGCUGCGCAGAAACAGCUGCGCAGAAACAGCUGCGCAGAAACAGCUUCGCAGAAACAGCUGCGCAGGAACAGCUACGCAGAAACAGCUGCGCAGAAACAGCUGCGCAGAAACAGCUGCGCAGAAACAGCUGCGCAGAAACAGCUGCGCAGAAACAGCUGCGAAGAAACAGCUGCGCAGAGACAGCUGCGCAGAGACAGCUGCGCAGAAACAGCUGCGAAGAAACAGCUGCGCAGAAACAGCUGCGCAGAAACAGCUGCGCAGAAACAGCUGCGCAGAAACAGCUGCGCAGAAACAGCUGCGCAGAAACAGCUGCGCAGAAACAGCUGCGCAGAAACAGCGGCGCAGAAACAGCGGCGCAGAAACACUCUAUAGCCUCCGGUUACAGGAGCUGAAGUCUCAUCAGAAAAUCAGAAACAGCUGCGCGGAGACGGCUGCGCAGAAGCGGCUGCGCGGAAGCGGCUGCGCGGAAACGGCUGCGCGGAAACGGCUGCGCGGAAACGGCUGCGCGAGAACAGCUGCGCGAGAACAGGUGCGCGGGAACAGCUGCGCGGGAACAGCUGCGCAGGAACAGCUGCGCAGGAACAGCUGCGCAGGAACAGGUGCGCAAAAACAGGUGCGCAGGAACAGCUGCGCAGGAACAGCUGCGCAGGAACAGCUGCGCAGGAACAGCUGCGCAGGAACAGCUGCGCAGGAACAGCUGCGCAGAAACAGCUGCGCAGAAGCAGCUGCGCAGAAGCAGCUGCGCAGAAGCAGCUGCGCAGAAACAGCUGCGCAGAUACAGCUGCGCAGAUACAGCUGCGCUGAAACAGCUGCGCAGAAACAGCUGCGCAGGAACAGCUGCGCAGAAACAGCUGCGCAGGAACAGCUGCGCAGGAACAGCUGCGCAGGAACAGCUGCGCAGGAACAGCUGCGCAGGAACAGCUGCGCAGGAACAGCUGCGCAGAAACAGCUGCGCAGGAACAGCUGCACAGGAACAGCUGCGCAGGAACAGCUGCGCAGGAACAGCAGCGCAGGAACAGCUGCGCAGGAACAGCUGCGCAGAAACAGCUGCGCAGAAACAGCUGCGCAGAAACAGCUGCGCAGAAACAGCUGCGCAGAAACAGCUGCGCAGGAACAGCUGCGCAGGAACAGCUGCGCAGGAACAGCUGCGCAGGAACAGCUGCGCAGGAACAGCUGCGCAGGUACAGCUGCGCAGGAACAGCUGCGCAGGAACAGCUGCGCAGGAACAGCUGCGCAGGAACAGCUGCGCAGGAACAGUUGCGCAGGAGCAGCUGCGCAGGAACAGCUGCGCAGGAACAGCUGCGCAGAAACAGCUGCACAGGAACAGCUGCGCAGAAACAGCUGCGCAGAAACAGCUGCGCAGGAACAGCUGCGCAGGAACAGCUGCGCAGGAACAGCUGCGCAGGAACAGCUGCGCAGAAACAGCUGCGCAGAAACAGCUGCGCAGAAACAGCUGCGCAGGAACAGCUGCGCAGGAACAGCUGCGCAGGAACAGCUGCGCAGGAACAGCUGCGCAGAAACUGCUGCGCAGAAACUGCUGCGCAGAAACAGCUGCGCAGAAACAGCUGCGCAGGAACAGCUGCGCAGAAACAGCUGCGCAGAAACAGCUGCGCAGAAACAGCUUCGCAGAAACAGCACGCAGAAACAGCUGCGCAGAAACAGCUGCGCAGGAACAGCUGCGCAGAAACAGCUGCGCAGAAACAGCUGCGCAGGAACAGCUGCGCAGGAACAGCUGCGCAGAAACAGCUGCGCAGGAACAGCUGCGCAGAAACAGCUGCGCAGGAACAGCUGCGCAGGAACAGCUGCGCAGGAACAGCUGCGCAGGAACAGCUGCGCAGGAACAGCUGCGCAGAAACAGCUGCGCAGAAACAGCUGCGCAGAAACAGCUGCGCAGAAACAGCUGCGCAGGAACAGCUGCGCAGGAACAGCUGCGCAGGAACAGCUGCGCAGGAACAGCUGCGCAGGAACAGCUGCGCAGGAACAGCUGCGCAGGUACAGCUGCGCAGGAACAGCUGCGCAGGAACAGCUGCGCAGGAACAGCUGCGCAGGAACAGCUGCGCAGGUACAGCUGCGCAGGAACAGUUGCGCAGGAGCAGCUGCGCAGGAACAGCUGCGCAGGAACAGCUGCGCAGAAACAGCUGCGCAGGAACAGCUGCGCAGAAACAGCUGCGCAGAAACAGCUGCGCAGGAACAGCUGCGCAGGAACAGCUGCGCAGGAGCAGCUGUGCAGGAACAGCUGCGCAGGAACAGCUGCGCAGAAACAGCUGCGCAGAAACAGCUGCGCAGAAACAGCUGCGCAGAAACAGCUGCGCGGGAACAGCUGCGCAGGAACAGCUGCGCAGGAACAGCUGCGCAGGAACAGCUGCGCAGGAACAGCUGCGCAGAAACUGCUGCGCAGAAACUGCUGCGCAGAAACAGCUGCGCAGAAACAGCUGCGCAGGAACAGCUGCGCAGGAACAGCUGCGCAGGAACAGCUGCGCAGGAACAGCUGCGCAGGAACAGCUGCGCAGGAACAGCUGCGCAGGAACAGCUGCGCUGGAACAGCUGCGCAGAAACAGCUGCGCAGGAACAGCUGCGCAGAAACAGCUGCGCAGGAACAGCUGCGCAGAAACAACUGCGCAGAAACAACUGCGCAGAAACAGCUGCGCAGAAACAGCUGCGCAGAAACAGCUGCGCAGAAACAGCUUCGCAGAAACAGCUGCGCAGAAACAGCUGCGCAGAAACAGCUGCGCAGGAACAGCUGCGCAGAAACAGCUGCGCAGAAACAGCUGCGCAGAAACAGCUGCGCAGAAACAGCUGCGCAGAAACAGCUGCGCAGAAACAGCUGCGCAGAAACAGCUGCGCAGGAACAGCUGCGCAGAAACAGCUGCGCAGGAGCAGCUGCGCAUGGACAGCUGCGCAGGAACAGCUGCGCAGGAACAGCUGCGCAGGAACAGCUGCGCAGGAACAGGUGCGCAGGAACAGGUGCGCAGGAACAGGUGCGGAGGAACAGGUGCGCAGGAACAGCUGCGCAGGAACAGGUGCGCAGGAGCAGGUGCGCAGGAACAGCUGCGCAGGAACAGCUGCGCAGGAACAGCUGCGCAGGAACAGGUGCGCAGGAACAGGUGCGCAGGAACAGGUGCGCAGGAACAGGUGCGCAGAAACAGCUGCGCAGAAACAGCUGCGCAGAAACAGCUGCGCAGAAACAGCUGCGCAGAAACAGCUGCGCAGAAACAGCUGCGCAGAAACAGCUGCGCAGAAACAGCUGCGCAGAAACAGCUCCGCAGAAACAGCUGCGCAGAGACAGCUGCGCAGAGACAGCUGCGCAGAGACAUCUGCGCAGUUACAGCUGCGCAGAAACAGCUGCGCAGAAACAGCUGCGCAGAAACAGCUGCGCAGAAACAGCUGCGCAGAAACAGCUGUGCAGAAACAGCUGCGCAGAAACAGCUGCGCAGAAACAGCUGCGCAGAAACAGCUGCGCAGAAACAGAUGCGAAGAAACAGCUGCGCAGAAACAGCUGCGCAGAAACAGCGGCGCAGAAACAGCGGCGCAGAAACAGCUGCGCAGGAACAGCUGCGCAGGAACAGCUGCGCAGAAACAGCUGCGCAGAAACAGCUGCGCAGGAACAGCUGCGCAGAAACAGCUGCGCAGAAACAGCUGCGCAGAAACAGCUGCGCAGGAACAGCUGCGCAGGAACAGCUGCGCAGAAACAGCUGCGCAGAAACAGCUGCGCAGAAACAGCUGCGCAGAAACAGCUGCGCAGAAACAGCUGCGCAGGAACAGCUACGCAGAAACAGCUGCGCAGAAACAGCUGCGCAGAAACAGCUGCGCAGAAACAGCUGCGCAGAAACAGCUGCGCAGAAACAGCUGCGCAGAAACAGCUGCGCAGAAACAGCUGCGCAGAAACAGCUGCGCAGAGACAGCUGCGCAGAAACAGCUGCGAAGAAACAGGUUCGCAGAAACAGCUGCGCAGAAACAGCUGCGCAGAAAAAGCUGCGCAGAAACAGCUGCGCAGAAACAGCUGCGCAGAAACAGCUGCGCAGAAACAGCUGCGCAGAAACAGCUGCGCAGAAACAGCUGCGCAGAAACAGCGGCGCAGAAACAGCGCUGCGCAGGAACAGCUGCGCAGGAACAGCUGCGCAGGAACAGCUGCGCAAAAACAGGUGCGCAGGAACAGCUGCGCAGGAACAGCUGCGCAGGAACAGCUGCGCAGAAACAGCUGCGCAGGAACAGCUGCGCAGAAACAGCUGCGCAGAAACAGCUGCGCAGAAACAGCUUCGCAGAAACAGCUGCGCAGGAACAGCUGCGCAGAAACAGCUGCGCAGAAACAGCUGCGCAGGAACAGCUGCGCAGAAAAAGCUGCGCAGAAACAGCUGCGCAGAAACAGCUGCGCAGGAACAGCUGCGCAGAAACAGCUGCGCAGAAACAGCUGCGCAGGAACAGCUGCACAGAAACAGCUGCGCAGAAGCAGCUGCGCAGAAGCAGCUGCGCAGAAGCAGCUGCGCAGAAGCAGCUGCGCAGAAGCAGCUGCGCAGAAACAGCUGCGCAGAAACAGCUGCGCAGAUACAGCUGCGCAGAUACAGCUGCGCUGAAACAGCUGCGCAGAAACAGCUGCGCAGAAACAGCUGCGCAGAAACAGCUGCGCAGGAACAGCUGCGCAGGAACAGCUGCGCAGGAACAGCUGCGCAGGAACAGCUGCGCAGGAACAGCUGCGCAGGAACAGCUGCGCAGGAACAGCUGCGCAGGAACAGCUGCGCAGGAACAGCUGCGCAGAAACAGCUGCGCAGAAACAGCUGCGCAGAAACAGCUGUGCAGGAACAGCUGCGCAGGAACAGCUGCGCAGGAACAGCUGCGCAGGAACAGCUGCGCAGGAACAGCUGCGCAGGAACAGCUGCGCAGGUACAGCUGCGCAGGAACAGCUGCGCAGGAACAGCUGCGCAGGAACAGCUGCGCAGGAACAGCUGCGCAGGAACAGCUGCGCAGGUACAGCUGCGCAGGAACAGUUGCGCAGGAACAGCUGCGCAGGAACAGCUGCGCAGAAACAGCUGCGCAGGAACAGCUGCGCAGAAACAGCUGCGCAGAAACAGCUGCGCAGGAACAGCUGCGCAGGAACAGCUGCGCAGGAACAGCUGCGCAGGAACAGCUGCGCAGGAACAGCUGCGCAGGAACAGCUGCGCAGAAACAGCUGCGCAGGAACAGCUGCGCAGAAACAGCUGCGCAGGAACAGCUGCGCAGAAACAGCUGCGCAGGAACAGCUGCGCAGAAACAACUGCGCAGAAACAGCUGCGCAGGAACAGCUGCGCUGAAACAGCUGCGCAGAAACAGCUGCGCAGAAACAGCUGCGCAGGAACAGCUGCGCAGGAACAGCUGCGCAGGAACAGCUGCGCAGGAACAGCUGCGCAGGAACAGCUGCGCAGGAACAGCUGCGCAGAAACAGCUGCGCAGGAACAGCUGCGCAGGAACAGCUGCGCAGGAACAGCUGCGCAGGAACAGCUGCGCAGAAACUGCUGCGCAGAAACUGCUGCGCAGAAACUGCUGCGCAGAAACAGCUGCGCAGAAACAGCUGCGCAGGAACAGCUGCGCAGGAACAGCUGCGCAGGAACAGCUGCGCAGGAACAGCUGCGCAGGAACAGCUGCGCAGGAACAGCUGCGCAGAAACAGCUGCGCAGGAACAGCUGCGCAGAAACAGCUGCGCAGGAACAGCUGUGCAGAAACAACUGCGCAGAAACAACUGCGCAGAAACAGCUGCGCAGAAACAGCUGCGCAGAAACAGCUUCGCAGAAACAGCUGCGCAGAAACAGCGGCGCAGAAACAGCUGCGCAGGAACAGCUGCGCAGGAACAGCUGCGCAGAAACAGCUGCGCAGAAACAGCUGCGCAGGAACAGCUGCGCAGAAACAGCUGCGCAGAAACAGCUGCGCAGGAACAGCUGCGCAGAAACAGCUGCGCAGAAACAGCUGCGCAGAAACAGCUGCGCAGAAACAGCUGCGCAGAAACAGCUGCGCAGGAACAGCUGCGCAGAAACAGCUGCGCAGGAGCAGCUGCGCAGGAACAGCUGCGCAGGAACAGCUGCGCAGGAACAGCUGCGCAGGAACAGCUGCGCAGGAACAGCUGCGCAGGAACAGCUGCGCAGGAACAGGUGCGCAGGAACAGGUGCGGAGGAACAGGUGCGCAGGAACAGCUGCGCAGGAACAGGUGCGCAGGAGCAGGUGCGCAGGAACAGCUGCGCAGGAACAGCUGCGCAGGAACAGCUGCGCAGGAACAGGUGCGCAGGAACAGGUGCGCAGGAACAGGUGCGCAGGAACAGCUGCGCAGAAACAGCUACGCAGAAACAGCUGCGCAGAAACAGCUGCGCAGAAACAGCUGCGCAGAAACAGCUGCGCAGAAACAGCUGCGCAGAAACAGCUGCGCAGAAACAGCUGCGCAGAAACAGCUGCGCAGAAACAGCUCCGCAGAAACAGCUGCGCAGAGACAGCUGCGCAGAGACAGCUGCGCAGAGACAUCUGCGCAGUUACAGCUGCGCAGAAACAGCUGCGCAGAAACAGCUGCGCAGAAACAGCUGCGCAGAAACAGCUGCGCAGAAACAGCUGCGCAGAAACAGCUGCGCAGAAACAGCUGCGCAGAAACAGCUGCGCAGGAACAGAUGCGAAGAAACAGCUGCGCAGAAACAGCUGUGCAGAAACAGCUGCGCAGAAACAGCGGCGCAGAAACAGCGGCGCAGAAACAGCUGCGCAGGAACAGCUGCGCAGGAACAGCUGCGCAGAAACAGCUGCGCAGAAACAGCUGCGCAGGAACAACUGCGCAGAAACAGCUGCGCAGAAACAGCUGCGCAGAAACAGCUACGCAGGAACAGCUGCGCAGGAACAGCUGCGCAGGAACAGCUGCGCAGAAACAGCUGCGCAGAAACAGCUGCGCAGAAACAGCUGCGCAGAAACAGCUUCGCAGAAACAGCUGCGCAGGAACAGCUACGCAGAAACAGCUGCGCAGAAACAGCUGCGCAGAAACAGCUGCGCAGAAACAGCUGCGCAGAAACAGCUGCGCAGAAACAGCUGCGCAGAAAUAGCUGCGCAGAGACAGCUGCGCAGAGACAGCUGCGCAGAGACAGCUGCGAAGAAACAGCUGCGCAGAAACAGCUGCGCAGAAACAGCUGCGCAGAAAAAGCUGCGCAGAAACAGCUGCGCAGAAACAGCUGCGCAGAAACAGCUGCGCAGAAACAGCUGCGCAGAAACAGCUGCGCAGAAACAGCUGCGCAGAAACAGCGGCGCAGAAACAGCGGCGCAGAAACACUCUAUAGCCUCCGGUUACAGGAGCGUACCUCCAUGUUCAAUGUUUUUUGGGCAGUUGAACAUCUGCGCGGAGACGGCUGCGCAGAAGCGGCUGCGCGGAAGCGGCUGCGCGGAAACGGCUGCGCGGAAACGGCUGCGCGGAAACGGCUGCGCGAGAACAGCUGCGCGAGAACAGGUGCGCGGGAACAGCUGCGCGGGAACAGCUGCGCAGGAACAGCUGCGCAGGAACAGCUGCGCAGGAACAGCUGCGCAGGAACAGGUGCGCAAAAACAGGUGCGCAGGAACAGGUGCGCAGGAACAGCUGCGCAGGAACAGCUGCACAGGAACAGCUGCGCAGGAACAGCUGCGCAGGAACAGCUGCACAGAAACAGCUGCGCAGGAACAGCUGCGCAGGAACAGCUGCGCAGAAACAGCUGCGCAGAAACAGCUGCGCAGAAACAGCUGCGCAGAAACAGCUGCGCAGAAACAGCUUCGCAGAAACAGCUGCGCUGGAACAGCUGCGCAGAAACGGCUGCGCAGAAACGGCUGCGCAGAAACGGCUGCGCAGAAACGGCUGCGCAGAAACGGCUGCGCAGAAACGGCUGCGCAGAAAAGGCUGCGCAGAAACGGCUGCGCAGAAACAGCUGCGCAGAAACGGCUGCGCAGAAGCAGCUGCGCAGAAACAGCUGCGCAGAAGCAGCUGCGCAGAAGCAGCUGCGCAGAAGCAGCUGCGCAGAAGCAGCUGCGCAGAAGCAGCUGCGCAGAAGCAGCUGCGCAGAAGCAGCUGCGCAGAAGCAGCUGCGCAGAAGCAGCUGCGCAGAAACAGCUGCGCAGAAACAGCUGCGCGGAUACAGCUGCGCAGAUACAGCUGCGCAGAAACAGCUGCGCAGAAACAGCUGCGCAGAAACAGCUGCGCAGAAACAGCUGCGCAGGAACAGCUGCGCAGGAACAGCUGCGCAGGAACAGCUGCGCAGGAACAGCUGCGCAGGAACAGCUGCGCAGGAACAGCUGCGCAGGAACAGCUGCGCAGGAACAGCUGCGCAGGAACAGCUGCGCAGGAACAGCUGCGCAGGUACAGCUGCGCAGGAACAGCUGCGCAGAAACAGCUGCGCAGGAACAGCUGCGCAGGAACAGCUGCGCAGGAACAGCUGCGCAGGAACAGCUGCGCAGGUACAGCUGCGCAGGAACAGCUGCGCAGGAACAGCUGCGCAGGAACAGCUGCGCAGGAACAGCUGCGCAGAAAAAGCUGCGCAGGAACAGCUGCGCAGAAACAGCUGCGCAGGAACAGCUGCGCAGAAACAGCUGCGCAGGAACAGCAGCGCAGGAACAGCUGCGCAGGAACAGCUGCGCAGGAACAGCUGCGCAGAAACAGCUGCGCAGAAACAGCUGCGCAGGAACAGCUGCGCAGAAACAGCUGCGCAGAAACAGCUGCGCAGGAACAGCUGCGCAGGAACAGCUGCGCAGGAACAGCUGCGCAGGAACAGCUGCGCAGAAACAGCUGCGCAGGAACAGCUGCGCAGAAACAGCUGCGCAGAAACAGCUGCGCAGAAACAGCUGCACAGAAACAGCUUCGCAGAAACAGCUGCGCAGGAACAGCUGCGCAGAAACAGCUGCGCAGAAACAGCUGCGCAGGAACAGCUGCGCAGAAAAAGCUGCGCAGAAACAGCUGCGCAGAAACAGCUGCGCAGGAACAGCUGCGCAGAAACAGCUGCGCAGAAACAGCUGCGCAGGAACAGCUGCGCAGAAACAGCUGCGCAGAAACAGCUGCGCAGAAACAGCUGCGCAGAAACAGCUGCGCAGAAACAGCUGCGCAGGAACAGCUGCGCAGAAACAGCUGCGCAGGAGCAGCUGCGCAGGAACAGCUGCGCAGGAACAGCUGCGUAGGAACAGCUGCGCAGGAACAGCUGCGCAGGAACAGGUGCGCAGGAACAGCUGCGCAGGAACAGGUGCGGAGGAACAGGUGCGCAGGAACAGCUGCGCAGGAACAGGUGCGCAGGAGCAGGUGCGCAGGAACAGCUGCGCAGGAACAGCUGCGCAGGAACAGCUGCGCAGGAACAGGUGCGCAGGAACAGGUGCGCAGGAACAGCUGCGCAGAAACAGCUGCGCAGAAACAGCUGCGCAGAAACAGCUGCGCAGGAACAGCUGCGCAGAAACAGCUGCGCAGAAACAGCUGCGCAGAAACAGCUGCGCAGAAACAGCUGCGCAGAAACAGCUGCGCAGAAACAGCUGCGCAGAAACAGCUGCGCAGAGACAGCUGCGCAGAGACAGCUGCACAGAGACAGCUGCGCAGAAACAGCUGCGCAGAUACAGCUGCGCAGAAACAGCUGCGCAGAAACAGCUGCGCAGAAGCAGCUGCGCAGAAACAGCUGCGCAGAAACAGCUGCGCAGAAACAGCUGCGCAGAAACAGCUGCGCAGAAACAGAUGCGCAGAAACAGCUGCGCAGAAACAGCUGCACAGAAACAGCUGCGCAGAAACAGCUGCGCAGAAACAGCUGCGCAGAAACAGCUGCGCAGAAACAGCUGCGCAGAAACAUCUGCGCAGAAACAGCUGCGCAGAAACAGAUGCGCAGAAACAGCUGCGCAGAAACAGCUGCGCAGAAACAGCGGCGCAGAAACAGCGGCGCAGAAACACUCUAUAGCCUCCGGUUACAGGAGCGUACCUCCAUGUUCAAUGAUUUUUGGGCAGUUGAACAUUGAAGUCUCUUCAGAAAAUCAGAAACAGCUGCGCGGAGACGGCUGCGCAGAAGCGGCUGCGCGGAAGCGGCUGCGCGGAAGCGGCUGCCCGGAAGCGGCUGCGCGGAAACGGCUGCGCGGAAACGGCUGCGCGGAAACGGCUGCGCGGAAACGGCUGCGCGGAAACGGCCGCGCGGGAACAGGUGCGGGGGAACAGGUGCGCAGGAAUAGGUGCGCAGGAACAGGUGCGCAGGAACAGCUGCGCAGGAACAGCUGCGCAGGAACAGCUGCGCAGGAACAGCUGCGCAGGAACAGCUGCGCAGGAACAGCUGCGCAGGAACAGGUGCGCAGGAACAGCUGCGCAGGAACAGCUGCGCAGGAACAGCUGCGCAGGAACAGCUGCGCAAAAACAGCUGCGCAGAAACAGCAGCGCAGAAACAGCUGCGCAGAAACAGCCGCGCAGAAACAGCCUCGCAGAAACAGCCGCGCAGAAACAGCCGCGCAGCAACAGCCGCGCAGCAACAGCCGCGCAGGAACAGCCGCGCAGGAACAGCCGCGCAGGAACAGCCGCGCAGGAACAGCCGCGCAGGAACAGCUGCGCAGGAACAGCUGCGCAGAAACAGCUGCGCGGAAACAGCUGCGCAGGAACAGCUGCGCAGGAACAGCUGCGCAGGAUCAGCUGCGCAGAAACAGCUGCGCAGAAACAGCUGCGCAGGAACAGCUGCGCAGGAACAGCUGCGCAGAAACAGCUGCGCAGAAACAGCUGCGCAGAAACAGCUGCGCAGAAACAGCUGCGCAGGAACAGCUGCGCAGAAACAGCUGCGCAGAAACAGCUGCGCAGAAACAGCUGCGCAGGAACAGCUGCGCAGAAACAGCUGUGCAGAAACAGCUGCGCAGAAACAGCUGCGCAGAAACAGCUUCGCAGAAACAGCUGCGCAGAAACAGCUGCGCAGAAACAGCUGCGCAGAAACAGCUGCGCAGGAACAGCUGCGCAGAAACAGCUGCGCAGAAACAGCUGCGCAGAAACAGCUGCGCAGGAACAGCUGCGCAGAAACAGCUGCGCAGAAACAGCUGCGCAGGAACAGCUGCGCAGAAACGGCUGCGCAGAAACAGCUGCGCAGAAACAGCUGCGCAGAAACAGCUUCGCAGAAACAGCUGCGCAGGAACAGCUGCGCAGAAACAGCUGCGCAGAAGCAGCUGCGCAGAAACAGCUGCGCAGAAACAGCUGCGCAGAAACAGCUGCGCAGAAACAGCUGCGCAGAAACAGCUGCGCAGGAACAGCUGCGCAGAAACAGCUGCGCAGGAGCUGCUGCGCAGGAACAGCUGUGCAGGAGCAGCUGCGCAGGAACAGCUGCGCAGGAACAGCUGCGCAGGAACAGCUGCGCAGGAACAGCUGCGCAGGAACAGCUGCGCAGGAACAGCUGCGCAGGAACAGGUGCGCAGGAACAGGUGCGCAGGAACAGCUGCGCAGGAACAGCUGCGCAGGAACAGGUGCGCACGAACAGCUGCGCAGGAACAGGUGCGCAGGAACAGGUGCGCAGGAACAGGUGCGCAGGAACAGCUGCGCAGGAACAGGUGCGCAGGAACAGCUGCGCAGGAACAGCUGCGCAGGGACAGCUGCGCAGGAACAGGUGCGCAGGAACAGGUGCGCAGGAACAGCUGCGCAGUAACAGCUGCGCAGAAACAGCUGCGCAGAAACAGCCGCGCAGAAACAGCUGCGCAGAAACAGCUGCGCAGAAACAGCUGCGCAGAAACAGCUGCGCAGAAACAGCUGCGCAGAAACAGCUGCGCAGAAACAGCUGCGCAGAGACAGCUGCGCAGAGACAGCUGCGCAGAGACAGCUGCGCAGAGACAGCUGCGCAGAAACAGCUGCGCAGAAACAGCUGCGCAGAAACAGCUGCGCAGAAACAGCUGCGCAGAAACAGCUGCGCAGAAACAGCUGCGCAGAAACAGCUGCGCAGAAACAGCGGCGCAGAAACACUCUAUAGCCUCCGGUUACAGGAGCGUACCUCCAUGUUCAAUGUUUUUUGGGCAGUUGAACAUCUGCGCGGAGACGGCUGCGCAGAAGCGGCUGCGCGGAAGCGGCUGCGCGGAAACGGCUGCGCGGAAACGGCUGCGCGGAAACGGCUACGCGGAAACGGCUGCGCGGGAACGGCUGCGCGGGAACGGCUGCGCGGGAACAGGUGCGCGGGAACAGGUGCGCGGGAACAGGUGCGCGGGAACAGCUGCGCAGGAACAGCUGCGCAGGAACAGGUGCGCAGGAACAGGUGCGCAGGAACAGGUGCGCAGGUACAGGUGCGCAGGAACAGGUUCGCAGGAACAGGUGCGCAGGAACAGCUGCGCAGGAACAGCUACGCAGGAACAGGUGCGCAGGAACAGCUGCGCAGGAACAGCUGCGCAGGAACAGCUGCGCAGGAACAGCUGCGCAGGAACAGCUGCGCAGAAACAGCUGCGCAGAAACAGCUGCGCAGAAACAGCCGCGCAGAAACAGUCUCGCAGAAACAGCCUCGCAGAAACAGCCGCGCAGAAUCAGCCGCGCAGAAACAGCCGCGCAGGAACAGCCGCGCAGGAACAGCCGCGCAGGAACAGCUGCAAAGGAACAGCUGCGCAGGAACAGCUGCGCAGGAACAGCUGCGCAGGAACAGCUGCGCAGGAACAGCUGCGCAGGAACAGCUGCGCAGGAACAGCUGCGCAGAAACAGCGGCGCAGAAACAGCGGCGCAGAAACACUCUAUAGCCUCCGGUUACAGGAGCGUACCUCCAUGUUCAAUGUUUUUUGGGCAGUUGAACAUGUAAAGUUGAAUCCCGUACGCGCGUGGUAG